AUGUGCAAUUUAAAGAAGCUUUGGUUAACUUUUUUUAUUGAUCACUGGGGUAGUGAAGACAUGUUGCCGUUCAUUGGUAAUAAAAACAUUUACGUAAGUUUUAAUAAAUGUUAUUCAUACAAAGUGAUAAAUAACAAAGUAAUUAAAACUAUUGAAGAAUCAUUAUCGUGUGAAGAACACGAAGAAGCUGAUUCUAGGAUAAUUUUUCAUAUUUGCCAAAUCGAUUUUGACGCAGAAGUUGUUAUACGCUGUUCUGAUUCUGAUAUUUUAAUUAUACUUCUGGGAAAUAUGGAUCACCUGAAAAAAUCUUUGAAAAUUUGGAUAAAUAUGGGUGUUGGAAAUCAUCAGCGUUACAUAAACAUCAAUGAAUUGUACCGAAUUCUUGGUGACUCUUUAUGCAAAGCUUUACCAUGCUUCCACGCAAUCACCGGAUGUGAUUACACGCCAGCUUUUUUUAGAAAAGGCAAAGUUAAGCCUUUUAAAAUAUUAGAAAAUUCUGAGGAAUACCAGUUAGCUUUUGAUAAUAUAAUUUCGGAUGAUAAAGAAGUACUUGAAACUACGUUUGUAAUCCUGGAGAAAUUUAUUUGUCAAAUUUUGCCACCCUGUAAAGUGGAAUUGGAACAGCAUUUAUUGAGGGUUCGUUACGUGACGAAAAUUUGGAGAAAUGCUCACUUAAAACAUCCAACAUCUUUAUCUCCAAUGGCUUUUGGGUGGACCAUUAACGGUGACAAAUAUGAUUUUGUUUGGUUUUUGGGAGAUCAAUUACCAUCCUCAGUUGCAGAUAUUAUUGUUCAAAAUGAUAGAGUUUUAGAAGAUAACGAAAGUUCCCAAGAAGAUGAUAUGAAUGACACCGACAAAGACAGCGACGAUGAUGAUGAUGAUUAUGAAGAUGCCUCUUUUUGUGACGUCACUAUAGGCUAA